CUCAAGAGACGUAAAAUAAAGUGUUAUGUUUGCGCAUGCGUACAGAUCAGGUGUCCCAGCAAAUUGGGCCGCGAGAGCUAUUCCCGUACCGAGUUGUGCGUAAACUACGUACCAAACCCGCCGUAGGCCGCCAUGUGCUCGGAGUAAACUGCGUAGUUCGUACCAAGAAUAGCUCAUUUACGACCGAACAACUGCGGCCGUUUAAUCGAACGUGCCGAGCCAAAAAAGCCAACAUUUGAACAUUUUGUCGACAUAUUUGACGGUGUCACGGAGAAGCCGGUGUUGCUGGACAACAUCAAGAUGGGGAAGCUGGACCCGGAGGAAGUGACGAUGAGGAGGAUGAAGGAGGACGACAUCGAGACGGUGAAAGCUCUCGUCAAGGAAGGCUGCGAAGGCUCCGAGAACCGCCUCAUCCUUCACGUCCUCACCCGGCCGCUGUGUCUUUUCCUCCUGGCCGUGGUCUCCUCCGCCCUGCGCUGCCUGCUCCACUCCUUCGUCCUGGCCCUCAGCACACCCGUGCUGCUGCUCACCAUCUACCUGAAGAUCACCCUGCCACGCUCCACGGGGGUCCUGGGCAGCAGCCGCCCCUCCUGGGACUACGUGGGCAGCAGCUUCCAGGGCACGCUCGAGGAGUCGCUGCUCCGUCCUACUGGCGGGGCGAGGCGCAGGGUCGCGCCCGCAGACCGGGACGCGUCGGCGGAUAGCGUGGGCCCGGAGAGGCGGCGGGCGGCCGGCCAGGUGUGGGUGGCGGAGGCGGACGGCGAGAUCCUGGGCUGCCUCUUCAGGGAGAGCGAGAAGCGCCCGGGCGUCAGGAGGUUCUGCCGGCUGGUGACGGGGAGCUGGCACCGGCGGGAGGGUCUGGCUCGCCUCCUGGUCCACAGUCUGGAGCGCAAGGAGAAGGAGGAAGGGGCGCGGCGGGUGUACGCGCAUGUUCCUUACCUGUCCCAGGUGGGCCAGGCGGUCUUCAAGAAACUGGGGUAUCAGCCGCUCGGCGAGGCCGAGGAGGAGGAAGAACAGCCGGAGGCUCCAGAAAGAGGAUUUCUUCGAUACCCCGUCACUAAAGUCUUCUACAAAGACUUGUGAUGCAGGACUCGUUUAUUGGGAGAGUGGCCGUGCCAGCAACCUGAGGGUUCCUGGUUCGAUCCCCACCUUCCACCAACCUAGUCACGUCCUUUGUGUCCUUGAGCAAGACACGUCACCCUUGCUCCUGAUUAGGUUGUGGUUAGGGCCUUGCAUGGCAGCUCCCGCCAUCAGUGUGUGAAUGGGUGAAUGUGGAAAUAGUGUCAAAGCCUUGAAGGUAGAAAAGUAUAACCUAUUCACCAUCGAUCAUCAUUUCAUAACGCUGGCGAUCUGUGGGCACCGAUCCAUUCGAUGUGAUCCGAUUCAGAAUCGAUUCAAACCGAUUACAGCAAUCUAUUAUUUGGUGUAAUUAACCCCCCCCCCCCCUGCUACCCUAAAAAAGGGGACAAGCGGUAGAAAAUGGAUGGAUUAUGACACUUUUUCAUACAAGGUUAAAAAGCUCCUUCUGCUUGCAUGGAGAUCUAAAAUAUCUUUUAAUAAUGUAUUCUUACAUUAAAAAAAAAAGUUUUAAAAAAAAUAUAUGUAUUUAUUCACUUUAUUUCGAUUUAAAAAAAAUUACGAAUAAGAAACGCGAAUUGGGUGUGAAUCUUUUUUUUUUGUUUGGCAGCCCUAAUAUUGAUCAUCAAGCAGAGUAUUUAUGUUUACAUAUUUAUUCAUGGUUGUCUGUAAACAUAUUUCAUUCUUCAUUUUCCCAGGAAGUUCCAAAUUAACACUUUUGUAAGUGACACCAAACUUUAAAAAAAAAUCCUAAUCUGAUUUACAAUUUUAAAAAAAUUCACUU